GACCCAUCUGUUUCUCCAUGGCGUCUCGUCAACAAACCCGAAUCCAGGCUUACCUGGAGAAAAACAAGAUCGGUCCUCUGUUUGAGGAAUUAAUGACCAAGUUAAUAACCGAGACGCCAGACCAUCCGAUCCCAUUUCUCAUUGAUCAUCUUCAGUCUAAACAAGGAAAUCGAGGACAACUGCAAAGGACUUUGUCUGGGUCAGCAGCUCUCUGGGCGGAAAGCGAAACAUCAGAACCCAAAGGAACAAGAAGAGAUUUUAGAAGCUAUGAUAAACCUUGGCAGGUGAAUGCAAAGAAGCCCAAAAAAUCAAAAAGUGACCUUGCUGUGUCUAAUAUUUCUCCACCAUCACCAGACUCCAAAUCAUGUAUUGCGAUUUCGGAUGAACUUGAUAAGGAAACAGUGGCUUUCAAUUCUUCUCUUCUGAGACCUCGUGUGAUUGGGGAGUGGAUUGGCAGAGCAGAAAACGAUGCUGAUCCCCUUGCGGCUGAAAUGCUGCAGCCCCCUGUUCCUCGGAGUAAGAAUGACUCCUGGGAAAGUGAAGACAGCUGCUCUAGCCCAGCAGGAAGCUUAAAGAUGGAGCCCAAGACUAAAGGGUUAAAGCAGCAGCAGCAGCGGCACAAGAAACUUCUGGCUGCGAUGCUUUCCCAGGAUUCCUUCGAGUCCAUCCACAGCCCCACACCAUCUGUAACGGAAGAAGACAUUGAUAAUGAAGAUGAUGCAGUGGAGUUGCUGGGUAAUUUUAAUAAUUAAUAAUUUCUCUUUCUUGUCUUUUUUUCUCACAUUGUAAAAAAAAAAAAAAGUGUCCAGGAAUGGAGGGAUUUUAAACGUUUUGAAUAGUUUCCUCUAAGGCAAAGGGAACUCUUUAAACUGCGCUUUCUUUUCAUUAGAGCUCUCUGAAGUUGCAUGUAAGAACUGAGCCAGACCCACGGAAAGCAUGUGAAGUACUCCCUACACUGUACCGUAGGCUUUGUGUAUGCAGCACUCUGUAUGCUGACUUUAUCAAGCUUUACUCUGUGUGCAACUGUACAAAAAGAAAAGAAAAGAAAAUCUGUCUGUUCUAUUUUCCUGAUUACACCUAUUGUCUAUAAAAUACACCCUCUUCCUGAGAAGUCCCUGUGAUCAAGGUUGCUUUAGAAAAAUAGAGUUGAAAGAUGGUGACAGUAAAUUAAUGUUUGAUGACUUUCAUAAAUGAUAGGAAGCUUUGCAGAGAUUUCAGUCUACAGAGACUCAUUACCUUCACAUAAUUUCAUCAAUAUUGUAGAUAUAGUUUUUUCUAUUUUUUAUUUUUAGUGAUUCAAGUAUAUCGUACUAUUUCAAUAGAAAUAUCUUAAUAUAGACUGUUAAUUGAAACUCACUUUGAAAAAACUUUUUUUUAGGGGACAGUAUUUCUCUGUACAGUCCUGGCGUCCUGGAACUCACUCUGUAGACCAGGCUGACCUCAAACAGAGGUUUCCCUGCCUCUACCUCUCAAGUGCUGGGAUUAAAAGUGUGUACCAGUAUGCCUGGCUGGAAAAUUGUUUUUUCAAAAGUACAUAAAUUUUUUUUUUGCAAGUAACCCACAUGAAAAAUGGUACAUUUUUAACUGAGUAGUACUAAAUAUUCUAUUAUAGAGAAUUAAAACAAUUUGUGUAUGCUUUUAUGACCACAUUCCAUUAUAUUUAAACUGAAAUAAAGAAGAAACAAUGUAAUUACAUGUAGAAUAUGGAUGCGCAGAAAAAGUAUUUUAUUUAAAAUUCUAGACCAGAUUUCUUGGAAUUAAGUGUUGAGGCCAGUGAAUUGGUUUCUAUAAUAAAUGAUAGGUCUCUAGGCAUCCAGCUAUAAUGCUGUUAUUCAGUCAAUGAUGGCAGGGUUGAAGAUGUUUUCUAAUGGUCUAAUAGCUACCUUGAGUCUAGAAAUAAGGAGACUAGGUUAUGACACUUUUCAUUAGAUACUUUUGGCCCUUGUUUUCCUUUAAGCAAUUAAGUCUUGCUUCCCUAGGUCCAAAUCGUUAAAGUGGCAGCACUUCUGGAUGUUGCCAUGGUACUUUCAUCCAUCCUCACGCACUACAAAGGACUUUGACCCAACGUCAUAAAAUAAAAUCAUUUCUGUUUGCAGGAAUUUUGCAGUCAGGUUAGAAAUGUAAGCUCACCACAUCCAUCAUCUUCUUCGCCUAUGUUAUAACAGUUGUACAUACUCCUAGCGCACAAGUGAGGGCAGAGGUCGCGGCAGGCUUGUUUGGAGAAGCUGGUUCCUCUGCUCAGUCCUGCAGGAUGAGGGGUUGGAAACUUGGGAGGUGGACUGUGUCCAGACUCCUGGGAGCUUGUUUGCAUGGAUAUGGGGUCUUUUUAUCACUGUGCCUAUUGCUCCCCUGCUGGUCAGUGAUAGAGAAAAGUGAUGAGCCAGGGACUCUUAGGAGAUUCACACAUCCACUUCAUGCUGACCUGCACUGCUCAGAAGUUUCUAGCUUUCUAAGCCGAAGACCGGAGGGUUGGGUCACGGAGGAGUCUCGUGAUGAGCCGUUAACAACUGGUUCUCGUCCAUUUUUCUUCUCCUCUUAGAUAUUUAGCCUGCACUUUGAGCAGGUUUAAUGAAAACGAAUGCUAAAGAACAGUGGACGUUUUAGGCUUUGUCUGUGUGAUCCCACAUAUGUCAGCCUUGGUGGCUGAAAGUGAGGCUACCCUCUAACUGAUGAGCAUUCCCUGUGAGAGCAUGCCACGUUCAAGCACACAGUAGUAUCCUUAAAUAACUCCACGUGCAUUUUCUGUGGUUUUGGAAAGGACUGUAGAGAAGUAUGUGAUUGCGUCUAUCUGUUAAUGCCUUGAGAUCUUG